UACAGAGAGAGGGAGCGAGAGGUGUCACUAACACAACAAACUUCACAGGAUUUAAAGGAAGAAAGAAAACAAAUCAAAAAAAGGAGUACAAUGGCUUGAAAGGGAGGAGAAGGUCUGGAUAUAUUUCCUUUCUUGUGGGAGUGGAGGAGUUUCAAUGUGAGAGAGAUUCUACUUGUCUCCUUUCCUGUCUCUCAUCAUGGUGGACCUGUUCUUAGACCGAGUUCUGGUAGAGAACAACUGGGACCAGGAUGAACACAACACGGAGCGUGAGAUGAUCGGGCUCCUCGAGAACCGCAUCCUGUUGCUGUUCUUUGCUUCUGCCGAGUGCAGAAAGUGCCAGGAGUUUGUACCUGUUCUAAAUGACUUCUUUAAGAGACUGAAAGACCCGGCGUACAUCGAAUACCCCAAACUCCUGGCGCUCAUCUACAUCAGCUUGGAUCAGUCAGAGGAGCAACAGGAGAGAGUCCUCAAAGAGAUGCACAAAAAGGUUCUGUUUCUGGCCUUUGAGGACCCUUAUAGGAGGGAGCUGCAGGCCAUGUUUAAGGUGAAGGACGUACCAACAGUAGUGGUCCUGCGUCCUGACGGCUCUGUCCUCUCUCCAAACGCUGUGCAGGACAUCUGUCGCUACGGUUCUGACUGUUUCUGCAACUGGCAGGAGUCGGCCGAGCUCGUCGAGAGGACCUUCAUGCUCAAUGAAGACUAUGACAACCUACCUCCCUUUCGAAGCGCCACCGACCCCGUGAGGAGGCUCAAGUACAAGACAGAGGACGACAAGAGGAAAACGAAUUGGUGGAACUUGUGGGGGAAAGGGAAAGAUGGAAAUAAAGAGGAGGAGGAGGAAGAUGGGACAUGGGAUGCCAAGAAAAAGGAGGGAAAUAAAGGAAUAUGGAGAAGAAGAUGAGGAGAAAAAAGUCUCCAUACUGUAUAGAAAAAUAUUGUGUAUGAAAUAAUCUUGCUACUAUUACUGCUUUCCUGUUCUUACUGCUAGGCACUGGACACUUUAAUGGAGUUUGAAUGAUAAAGAUAAUAAUUUUGCUAUUGUUAUCAUGAAUAUUUUGACUAUUACCAUUAUUGUUUUUACUGUAAACCAUUUCUGCUCAUGUAAACCUCCAUAAAUCAGUGUUUCUGUAUUAACUGUGCUUUACAUGACUGUAUGUAGUGAAAAUGAAUCUCUUAUAAUGACCACUGUUCAGCUCUAUAGGCAUUUUCUGUUGUUUUUGUCCUCUUUUAGCCCAUUUUAUUUCUUUUUUGCGAGUUAAGCAAGUCCCAUAACUCCAUUUCCAGCAGCAUCAGACAGCUGUCUGCAGAUUUAAAAAAAAAGAGUGCAGUGCAGUGAAAAGUACAGCCAAAAACCAACAGGCUGUAUCUUACUGCCCAGCAUGGUAAAACAAACAAGGUGAAAAAAAUCCAAUUUGUGCGGCUAAUGGCCCAGAUAUUCACUUUUUCUGAGUAGUUGUUGGAGGCAGAGAUGAAAGCCAAAAAUAGAGCUAAAAUGGGAGUGAAUGGAGUUAAAUUCAUCAAACAACAACUCCCAGUGGAGGAUGAUGUCUGCAGGAUGUGUAAACAGGCAACUAUUUUCAAUCAGGGUUGGAUUUUUCUGUUUUUUAGGAAGUUUUUAGAUGCCAAUUGGUCCAAAAAAAACAAACCCCACAGACAUGUAUUAUUGUAGCUUAAACUGAAUCCAGGUGCUGGCGCCUGCUGGGGUUGUAGUUGAAGUUAAUAUCUUUGUCAAGCACUGUGCAAGAGUUGUUUUUUUUUUUUUUGCAUUAUUUUGCUAUUCUUUGUUAACUGUGAAGUGUCUCCACAGAUUUUAAUUUUGUUACUAAAUAGCAGAGAUGGGAACUUGGACUUGUGACUCAGACUCAGACUCGAGUUCCGAUUUUAUGACUUUUUGACUCGAUUUGAUGAAAUCAAAAAAAACUUGGACUUGCUUGGACUCUCAGCUCAGUGACUCUAGACUUGGACUCGACUCAAACCCUUUGACGAGUCAUGUCGAGUCAUAAUGGUACUUUUUUUUUUAAUUAAAAUUGUGAUGUAUCAA